AUGACAAAAGAAUUAGACAUUAUAGACAAAACUGUAGCUAAAAAAAUACCAAAAUAUGUAAGGCCAACGGAAGGAAAGCUAGGUUCUAAGCAAUUCAAGAAAAUAAAAGACAAAAAAUUAAAAGGAAAACUUGAGCGUAUAGAAAAAGUUUCCAAAGAAGCUGCUAAUAAAGCAGCAAGAUCCGAACUUUUACUUACCGAAGAGCCUGGAUACCUUGAGGUUGAGGGAAUCGAGAAAACAUUUAAUAUUACACAGAAACAAUUAAAAGAUAAUGUGGACGAAGAUUCUACCAAGAAGAUUUUCGAUUUGAAAUUGACAAAUUUUGGGCCAUAUUCAUUGGAUUAUACACGUAACGGGAGGCAUAUGGUCAUUGGAGGUCAGAAAGGUCAUAUAUCAAGUUUCGACUGGAUGGGAAAUAAAUUAAAUUGUGAAAUAUAUGUAAAAGAAACCGUGCGAGAUGUCAAAUGGCUACACAAUGAACUUUUCUUUGCCGUAGCUCAAAAAAAAUAUGUGUUCAUAUACGAUCACAAUGGACUUGAAGUUCAUCGAUUAAAAAAACAUAUUGAAGUCAAUAAACUUGAAUUCUUACCAUAUCACUUCCUAUUAGCUUCUGUAGGAAAUUCAGGAUGGCUCAAAUAUCAAGAUACCUCAACCGGGCAGUUAGUAGCAGAAUUAAGAACUAAACUUGGAUGUUGUAAUGCGAUGGCUCAAAAUCCGUGGAAUGCAAUUAUGCAUCUAGGACAUUCUAACGGAACAGUUACAUUAUGGUCACCUAAUAUGUCAACUCCUUUGGUCAAAAUGCUCACACACAAAGGCCCAGUGAAAGCUGUUGCAGUUGAUCACACUGGAAAAUAUAUGGCUACAUCAGGAUUGGACGGACAACUUAAAUUAUGGGAUAUAAGGACAUAUAAACCAUUACAACAAUAUUACACAAGGUCCCCAGCAUCGUCACUAACAAUAUCACAAUUAGGCCUUUUAGGUGUUGGCUGGGGUCCUCAUGUUACUAUUUGGAAAGAUGCUUUUCUUAAAAAACAACAAUCACCUUAUAUGAAUCAUCUCCAAGCAGGGACACAGGUACGGGAUAUACAAUUUUGCCCAUUUGAUGAUGCGCUUGGAUUAGGGCAUUCUGAUGGAGUAUCAAGUAUAAUUAUUCCCGGUUCUGGAGAACCGAAUCUUGACAGUUUGGAAGCAAAUCCUUAUCAGUCCAAGAAACAAAGGCAGGAGGCCGAAGUGCAUAGUCUUCUCGACAAGGUUCAACCAGAGAUGAUAGUGUUGGAUCCUACGUUCAUAGGAAAGGUUGAUAGAGCUUCCAAAGAUUUACUAAAGAAGGAGCUUAAGGAAGAACAGGAAGCACAGCUUGCUGGUAAAGGUAAAUUGGUGCCUAAAAAUAAAAUGCGUGGUAAAAGUUCAUCAUUGAAGAGAUACCUUCGUAAGAAACAAAAGAAUGUUAUAGAUGAGCAAAAACUAAAGAUUCAACAACGUCUUGAACAAGAAAGAGAAGCACGUAAAAAGCGAACUGUUGAUGAUAACGAAGAUAAAGAUCGUCCCAAAGCAUUAGAACGAUUUUCUAAUAAAAAGAGAAAAUCGUAA